UCUAGAGGAAGCCAACAAAGUGUUACAGCAGCACGGCACAAUAUGUGGUGGAGAGUCCUCAGCUUGCUGUCUUGGUUCCAUUUGCAAGAGGCCUUUCUCACCAGCCACACAGAAACCAUCACGGUGGAGGAAGGGCAGACGCUCACUCUGAAGUGUGUCAGUUCUCUAGGGAAGAACGCCUCCCUCCAGUGGCUGGCCCCCUCAGGCUUUACCAUCUUUUUAAAUGAGCAUCCUGCUUUAAAAAAUUCCAGAUACCAGCUUCUUCAUCACUCUGCCACCCAGCUCUCCAUCAGUGUGCCCAGCGUAACCCUGCAAGAUGAAGGAACAUACAAGUGCUUACGUUACAGCCACUCCGUGAGCACAAAGGAAGUGAAAGUGACUGUGUUAGCAACUCCUGUGAAGCCAACCUUGGAAGCUUCAGUYAUCAGAAGGUUGAAUGGAGAAGACCAUGUCGUACUUAAAUGCUCCACUACAAGAAGCAAGCCCCCUCCACAGAUAACCUGGCUACUGGGGAAUGGCAUGGAGAUAUAUGGCGGAACCCACCAUGAAUUUGAAGCUGAUGGGAAGAAGUGCAACACGACCAGCACCCUUGUACUGCACACAUACGGCAAAAACUCCACAGUGGACUGCAUUGUCCGACACAAGGGCCUAAAAGGGAGAAAAUUGGAUGCAUCCUUCUGGCUUGAAGAUUUGGUUACUGAUCAAGAGACAGCCUCAGAUGCUCCGGAGAAAAGCUCUCUCUCCUCUCAAGACCCUCAGCAGCCCACAAGUACUGUCUCAAUGAUGGAAAAUUCCAGUAUACCAGAGAUUGACAAGGAAGAGAAAGAGCAAACUACUCAGUACCUUGACUUGACCAUUGAAGCAAAUCCUCAGUAUAUCGAAUUGACGAGGAAGAAAAGUGGCAUUCUGCUGCUCACCCUGGUGUCCUUCCUCAUCUUCAUCCUCUUCAUCAUAGUGCAGCUCUUCAUAAUGAAGCUGCGGAAAGCACAUGUGAUAUGGAAGAAGGAAAAGGAAAUUUCAGAACACACCCUAGAAAGUUACAGAUCAAGGUCAAAUAAUGAUGAAACAUCUUCCCAAGAGAAAAACGGACAAACUUCUCACUCUAAACGUUGCAUGAAUUAUAUCACGAGAUUGUACUCAGAAGCAAAAACAAAGAAGAAGGAAAAUGCAGAACACUCAAAAUUAGAAGGAAAGCACACUCAUAUCCCAGAGAGCAUUGUGUAG